ACUAACAAAAUUCUCUCUAAUCAUAAAGCAUCGGUUUGUGUGAUUUUCAUUCCUUUCCUUGGGUGUUGUUUUUCCCACUUCCCUUGUUCGUGAGGUUUUUGAAGGGUUUCUCUCUCUCUCUAACGUUGCCACAGAAGAAAGAGAGAGCACGAAAAAAAUGGGGUCUUUGACAAAUGGGCUUGAGAAAGAAAGACAUAAAAAGAAAGAAGAAGAAGAAGAAGACGAAGAAGAAGAAGAGCCAAUAUUAAUGGAACAAACCCAGAGAUUCUGCAUGUUUCCCAUAAAAUAUAAACCGCUUUGGGAGAUGUACAAGAAAGCUGAAGCCAGUUUUUGGACCGCUGAAGAGGUUGACCUCUCUCAUGAUGUCCAACAGUGGGAGGCUCUGUCUGACUCGGAGAAACACUUCAUAAGCCAUGUAUUGGCUUUUUUCGCUGCGUCUGAUGGGAUUGUUUUGGAGAAUUUGGCUGCAAGAUUUCUGAACGAUGUUCAAGUUCCAGAGGCUCGGGCAUUCUACGGCUUUCAGAUUGCAAUGGAGAAUAUUCAUUCUGAAAUGUACAGUUUGCUUUUGGAGACAUAUAUCAAGGAUUCAAGAGAGAAGCACAGGUUGUUCAAUGCAAUUGAAAACAUUCCUUGUAUCACUAGGAAGGCUAAGUGGGCUUUAGAUUGGAUAAAGAGUUCCACCUCGUUUUCGGAGAGACUUGUUGCUUUUGCUUGCAUUGAAGGAAUCUUUUUCUCCGGAAGCUUCUGUGCAAUAUUCUGGCUCAAAAAGAGGGGAUUGAUGCCUGGCUUGACAUUCUCAAACGAGCUUAUUUCUAGAGAUGAAGGCCUCCACUGCGAUUUUGCUUGCCUUCUAUAUAGUUUGUUGCGGAAGCAACUACCUCGGGAAAAAGUCUAUCACAUUGUGGACGAAGCUGUCGAAAUUGAGACACAGUUUGUUUGUGAGGCCCUUCCAUGUGCAUUGAUUGGGAUGAACUCAACCCUAAUGAGACAGUACAUCAAAUUUGUUGCUGAUCGACUUUUGGUUUCAUUGGGAUGCCAAAGAAAGUAUAAUGUGGAAAAUCCUUUCGAUUGGAUGGAGUUCAUUUCUUUGCAAGGAAAGGCGAACUUCUUUGAGAGAAGAGUGGGUGACUACCAGAAGGCGUCUGUGAUGCCAAGCCUUCAAGAUGAUGGAAAGAACUUUGUCUUCAAGUUGGAUGAGGACUUUUAAUCACCACUCUUAAUUCCACAAGUCUUUCAUUUAGAUGCUCAAACUGAGCAUCAAAUUUUGGUUACUAUUCUUUAUGGUAACACAAUAUUUUGUCUAAUGUCUAUAUAGCCUACCCCAUAUCCAAGCCAUGCCAAGGUCUCAUGGCAUAAUAUGAAGUGAUCAUUUGUUAUGUUGGGGCCGUCCUUAAACUAGUCAUAUACCCAGUUUUUAUUUUUUAUUUUUUUAUUUUUAUCCGUACCACUAUUUCAUAUGAACUAUAAUAUUUCUUUGUGAAAAAUGCUUAGGAUACCGUCAGUGCUAAGCACCACCAAUAGUAGAAAGUGGACCCAUCUGUGGGUCUAUAUUACAGAACUCACAUUUUAUUAGUGAAUGGUGUUGAGCAUUACCGGUGUCUAAUAGCAUUGCUCUCUCUUUCUUAUUUCUGAUUUCUGAGGAGAUGUUUUGUAUCUACAUAUUAUAAUUAUAUAUAUGGAUGGAAUUUG